AUGCUGCUGCCGUGGCUGGCCUGGUUGGCCCUGUUUUCUCUGGACUGGGCCCCUGGAGGCUCUGCCUUCACCACCAGGUCCCAAGGGCUGAGGGGGCGCAUCCAGAGAGACCGGAGGAACAUCAGACCCAAUAUCAUCCUCAUUAUGACAGAUGACCAAGAUGUAGAGCUUGGUUCCCUUCAGGUGAUGAAUAAAACUCGUAAAAUCAUGGAAGAUGGUGGCACAUCCUUCACCAAUGCCUUCGUCACCACUCCAAUGUGCUGUCCAUCACGCUCCUCCAUGUUGACGGGCAAAUAUGUCCAUAACCACAACACGUACACCAACAACGAGAACUGCUCUUCUCCUUCCUGGCAAGCUCAGCACGAGCCACGGUCAUUUGCAGUCUACCUCAACAACACGGGCUACAGGACAGCCUUUUUUGGCAAGUACCUCAAUGAGUACAACGGCAGCUACAUUCCUCCUGGGUGGCGCGAAUGGGUCGGAUUGAUCAAGAAUUCUCGCUUCUAUAAUUAUACCGUGUGCCGAAAUGGUUACAAGGAGAAACACGGCGCAGAUUAUGCCAAGGAUUACUUCACUGAUCUGAUCACCAAUGACAGCAUCAACUUUUUCCGCAUGUCUAAAAGGAUCUACCCGCACCGGCCCGUGAUGAUGGUCAUCAGUCAUGCGGCCCCCCAUGGCCCAGAGGACUCGGCGCCACAGUUUGCCGAACACUUCCCCAACGCCUCUCAGCACAUAACUCCGAGCUAUAACUACGCACCAAACAUGGACAAGCACUGGAUCAUGCAGUACACCGGCCCCAUGAAGCCCAUCCACAUGGAGUUCACAAACUUCCUCCACCGCAAACGGCUACAGACACUAUUGUCUGUGGAUGAUUCAGUGCAGAAAGUUUAUGAGAUGUUGCUAGAAACUGGAGAGCUUGAAAAUACCUACAUCAUCUACACAGCAGAUCAUGGAUACCACAUAGGACAGUUUGGUCUGGUCAAAGGAAAAUCCAUGCCUUAUGACUUUGACAUCCGUGUGCCAUUUUUCCUUCGAGGACCUAAUGUGGAAGCAGGUGCUGUAAACCCUCACUUGGUGCUGAACAUCGACCUGGCUCCCACUAUCCUCCACAUCGCUGGACUCGACACUCCUCCAGACAUGGACGGAAAGUCUAUUCUCAAGCUGCUGGAGCAGGAGCGCUCUGGGAACAGAUUUAAAACAAACCGGAAACCUAAAGUCUGGCGGGACACAUUCCUUGUGGAGCGGGGCAAGAUCCUGAGGAAGAAGGACGACUCGCCGAACACGCAACAUACCAACAGCCUGCCCAAGUACAAGAAGGUCAGAGAGACGUGCCAGCAGGCGGAGUUCCAGACGCCGUGCGAGCAGCCCGGACAGAAGUGGCACUGCGUGGAGGAGAUCUCGGGGAAGUGGCGCAUCCAGAAGUGUAAAGGAGGAGGGGGCGGGAAGGAGGGCUCCAGGAAGAGGGUUCGCAGCCUGAGGCCCCACCGCAGCUACGACCACAGGGAGCGAGGCUGUGACUGUGACCAGGUCCUGCUCAAACCCACCCGGGCCGAGAGGCGAUCGCACCGGCCGGUCCCCUCAGGCCAGCGCUUCCGUCCCAGAUUCCUCCACACCCGUCCUGCCAGGUCUCUCUCAGUCGAAUUCGAGGGUCAGAUUUACGACGUGGACCUCCAGGCCGAUGACCAGUCGGCCGUGCGGCGCCGCGUCAUCUCCAAACGGCACUACAACCCCGAGGACCCGCCCCUGGGGACCAGUGACGGCUCCGAGGAGAUGCUGGCAGACGACACCAACGCUGUAGGAUACCCCAACUCGGUCAGAGUCACGCACAAGUGCUAUAUCCUGAUGAACGACUCUGUCCAUUGUGAACGGGAAAUCUACCAGUCCUCAAAAGCCUGGAAGGAUCACAAGACCUACGUGGACCAAGAGCUCGAGGCGCUCCAGGACAAGAUCAAGAACCUGCGUGAAGUAAGAGGUCAUCUGAAGAGGACUCGGCCCGACGACUGCGACUGCGGCAGGAAGAGCUAUUUUAGCAAAGGCAUCAGAAACAAGGAGAAAUUGAAGAGCAGAAAAAAUCAACUUCACCCAUUUAAGGAGGCGGCGCACGAGGUGGACGCUCGGGUUCAGCUCUACAACGAGAUCCGCCGCCGAAAGAAGGAGAGAAAAGAGAAAAAGAGGCUGAAGAAAGGAGACGACUGCAGUCUGCCGGGACUGACCUGCUUCACUCACAACAAUGACCACUGGCAGACGGCGCCGUUCUGGACCAUCGGGGGAUUCUGCGCUUGCACCAGCUCCAACAACAACACUUACUGGUGCCUGAGAACCAUCAACGAGACGCACAACACGCUCUUCUGCGAGUUCUCCACUGGUUUCCUGGAGUUUUUCGACCUCAACAGUGACCCAUACCAGCUGACCAACGCGGUGUAUAACGUGGACCGGGACGCUUGGAAACAGGAGGUAAAGAUGGAGGAAGCUAUGAGCCACACAGAACACAACCCUUAUGGGACGGACGACAGGGUUAAGCUCCCCAACCUGACGGACGAGGAGGUGAACUGGCAGGGACUGGAGGAUCUUUACAGCAUUAACGACAGCCUAUAUGAACCCAGGCCUGACUACAGCCUCAGUCCGGACAACUGGGACAACUAUGAGAAGGAAGUAGACUAUAUGUUUGCACUGUUACUUGAUUUAAAGAAACACAACCAAACCCAAACUCUUGACGACUCCAACCUGCCAGAGCUGGGCUCCGGGGCCGGGGGAGGACUGGAUGAGGGCAGUGGAGAUCUCUGGCCUGGAUUUAUCACAGAGGUCCAGACACCGACCAUCACCCAAAGGACUGCUGCAGCUGCACAGAGCCCUGCCCCUCUGCAGGAGGGCUCAGUGGGGACUCAGGUGAAUGAGCUGCCAGAGCGCAGGCGCAACUCUCCUCCUGGGAGGUCAGCCGGUGUGCACAGCGCCCCCGUCUGGGUGCAGCUGGAGGACAUGGAGCGAGAGGAGGACUUCAGCGGAAAUGGACUGACUGAGUUAGAGACCAGACACGACCUCCUGCUGCGAACACACAACAGUCUGGAGUUACAGCCCCGAGUGCUGCACCUGGACGAGGACCUCUAUCAGGCCCAAGGAUACCUGCCCCUCUCCCCUCAGAGUGUAGUGGACACUGUCCCCUCUGCUGUCCCCUCUGCUGUCCCCUCUGCUGGCCCCUCUGCUGUCCCCUCUGCUGUCCCCUCUGCUGUCCCCUCUGCUGUCCCCUCUGCUGCCCCCUCUGCUGCCCCCUCUGCUCAGAGUUUAUUGAGGGACACUGUCCCCUCGGCUCGGGCUGUAGUGAGGGACACUGUCCCCUCCCCACAGUCUGAAUGGCCUGCAGUAGAGGACGGCGCCUCCUCUGGACAGUCCAGUGAGCUGCAUGCUGCCGUGGCCAUUCUCACUGUGGACUUUGAGGGCAGUGGUUUUUCUCCACAACCCUCCAAUCAGAGCCUCUGGAGGGAGGAGCCUGUGGCGAGCAGCUAA